CUACAGACGUUACUGGCAACGCCAAAUGAAUAGCGUCGCGUCUUUUUUGUAGUUUAAAAUUUUGUGGAGUUUUAGCGAAAUAAGUUAAGUUUAUUGUUGUCGUGUAUGUAACUUCGUGAAGAAUCCUUUUUUCAAGUUUCAAUUGCAAAUAUGUCGAAGCCCCAGAACAACGACACUCUGGAGCUGGACGACAUCCUAAGCCAGCCAGUGAAGGACAAGGAGCGCUUCGCCGCCUUUAUGAUGCGCAAGCUUGCCGAAAAUAAGCCGGCACAGAAUGACAAUCUCUUUGGAAACUUCAAACUUGACUUUGACCUUGAUUUCGAGGUUCCACUGAUCAAGAAGUCUCAGGCUAAGCCCAAGUCCAAACUACCAGAAGUACAGCCCCUUGGGGAGUUGGUCAGCAAAAACAGUGCCGCCACCGAGAAAGUCAAUGAGCCGCCUGUGGACCAGGCCCCCAAUGAGAACGUGCCUCCGCGUCGAUCGCCAACAUUGUCGCCCAAUAACCGACGUUCCAUGCGCCGCAGUGGAAAUGUACCCGGAUCUGAUAAACUACGUCGACAUGCCAUCCGCCGGCGGUCCAGGAGCUGUGGACGCCAAUUGCUUCCAGAGUUUGAGGAGACCGUAAACUUGACCCGCAGCAUAUCAAGUCCUGUAAACUUCUUACCAGAAAUAAGCAGCACACCUUGCACAGAGAAACAAAAAGAGGAAGUUGCCAAAAAUACAACAAGAGUGGAAACUGAUAAACCAGCGGAAAAACCUAUGGAACUAUCACAAGAACCAGAGCCGGAAAAUCCGCUGCAGACAAAGGUGACCUCACCUGCCAGGAACCCUAUUCUUGCAGCUGAAAUUGAACAAAUCUGCAAAGAGCGACAGAGUUCCUUUCACAAGAAUGUACUGCAGCUGGACUAUUCUGGACGGGCACCGUACUCGCGACCCCCUACUCCGUCAUCACCAUCCGUUGCGGGCCUACGACGUACCUACACAAUGGAAAAGGGCCCAGCUCCAGGCCAGCUGCUGCUAUCGCCAUCACAUCGCUAUGACACACCGAGCAAAAUGCCAGUAGUUAAGGCAAAGCGGUUCAAUCAGGAGUUAAUGGUCCCGGACACGCCAGAGCGACAAAGUCACGACCCAGCCUGGCAAUCAGAGCCCCAACCGGAGUUCGUAGUGCCGGAAACCCAGCCGCAGGAUCUGGGAGAGUUGGUGCAGACUCUGUCGCGCAGCGCGAUCAGCCCAAUUGUGGUGAUAAACACAUCCAAUUCGAAUCGUAGUGUAAGAAGGGACGCUGUCGCAAUGAAAUCUGUUCCGACUUCGCCAGUUACGGCGUUAUCUUCACCACCGAUUGCGCCUUCUCCUAGGCGAUCCGCCGCUGCCUCUCCCCAGAAAUCCAUUGCACAACUGCCGCGGGUGGAAGAAAAUAUGGAUGCCAUAAUGACCGACGACGAAAGCGACGAACAUCCCAGCACUGUGCCAUUAAAUCUAGCUCCUUCAGGUGGGAACACAACCCGGCAACGGCGUUUGCGCAGUAGUAAUCGGGCUCGAGCUACAAUCGAAUCUCAGGAGAGCUCUAUGCGCUUGCUUAACCUUCACAAGUCGGUCAAUGCCAAAAAGUCAAAGCCGCGAAAGACUGCUAUACCGCUGAAUAAGGCUCCAAGUGCCCCCAUUAAUGGCGAGCAGUUUGCCCGCGAGCUAACCCGGAUGAGCAACUACGAGAUUUUGGAUUUGCGCAAGCGCAACUCGUUGAACGAGAUAUAUCCUUUAAAUGGGCACAGAAACCAUCGUUCAGAGAAGCUUAUCCUAGAAGAAGAGAUUCAGAGGGAGCUGCUACGUAGAAAUCUAAUGGAUGAGGCCGAAGGUUUGCCAAAACAACAGUCCUCGGAUGAUUCGAAUGAAGACUAUAUACCGGUUCCGCCAAAAACACAAAGUCUUCGAACUAAAAGCAAUGAUCGAUCGCAGGGACGAGGGCGACCACGAUCUACUCGUCGUGAUCUUCCAAUGACAACAGAAUUGGUAAACUAUUUGGGUCUCUCCCAGACUUUAGAGACUCGACGCAAAUCUUCAAAGGACGGCAAGCGUUGUCUGUACACAAAGGGUAGCUCGGACCAUGAAGAUAACGAUUCAUUAUCACCUGUAAAAUUGCCAAGACUAAGCAAGAGCAUCCAAAUUGUUCCGCCACCUCCAGUUUCACUGCGCUAUUCGCAAUCUUUGCAAAAUCUGCCCUGCUCCGGAAAAUUUGAUUUCGAUAAUGUCGUGAUGGCAGCCCCACCAGAUUUCCAUGAUAGUGUAAAUAGUGAUGCAAUUGAGAUUGCUCCCCCGCCUCCAGAGUACGUUGUAAAUACACGGGGCAGAAGCACAAGUGGGCGAAAGAGCAAUAAAAAUGACCUGGUUUUACCUCCACCGGGGUACGAAGGGGGCCAGGAAGAAGAACAUGAUGAGCGACCAAGCCAGCCGCGUUGCACAGCCAAAGAACUUCAACAAUCCACUCAGAAUGGACGAAGGGCGAUGGAGAACGAACUGGUACCACCUCCUAUCGAAUAUGUUGAAGAAGAGAAUCGCAACAAUGAGCAAUCAAGGAGAUCGACGAAAAAUGGCAAUCUUGUUGAUCGAAAUACACAUAACGCAGUAGAAUAUUGUGAACCGCCAGAGCCACCAGAGUACGACGAUAGUGACCAUGGGCAAGCAAGUAUACUGAGGAGAAGUGGAAAAAAAUUGCAGCACUCCAAACAGAGUGUACAAAAGUCCAAUAAGGAACAAAUUAUUGCACCUUCGUACGAAAAUAACGAAGACUAUGACAGUGACGAGGAACCAAUUUACAAUGAAGAAUACGGAAAAGAGGAAUCUCAAAAUAAAAAUGUCACUAGAAGAAAGAGCGAUAAGGAUGAAAUGGCAUCACAUACAUUAGAAUGUAUUGAAGGUCCAGAUCCAAAUUGGAAUUCGUCCUGUAACAAACAGAAUCGUAAUCACCAGAACGCAUCAAAAAGCAAAGAAAAUGAUAAGUUAGCCAAUCGUUCAUCUAAGUCCCAGAAACUCUCAAAUCCCCGCCAGAAUGCAGUUGGUACAGAAAAAUCCGUAGCUCUAAGCAAUCGAGGGGAAGAAUGUACCGAGAAAUCAUCAGACGUUAUGGAAUCACUUCGCGUUAACACACCCACUCCUCCGAUUGAUCAAAACUCAGAUGAUGUUCCCAGCAGAAAUCCAUCUCCCAGUAGGACUCUUUUGUCUGACGACGUACCCAGCACGAGUAGAGCGGCGUUGGAGUUUUUGCAGCGUAGUCAGAACAUGUCAAAGAGUCGUCCCCCGGAUGAAUCAAGCGCGGAUGUGGUGUUCAAGAAACCAUUGGCACCUGCACCAAGGGCGAAAUCAAAAAAAGGGAAGUCUGAAGUAGACAAAUUAAAGCUGGCCAAAAUGCCGGUGGAAGCUGAGGAACUAAAUACUACCGGUAUUCGGAGAUCAAAGCGCGGUCAAGUUCCACUUCAGAUGAGUUGGUGUCACACCAUGGAUCCUAGCAAGUUUAACUUUAUGAGUGGCUUCAUAGAGCCUCGCAGCAAAAACUCAAAGACGAAAAAGGGAAAUUUGAGUAAGGCGAAGAAAGCCAGUGCCACAAAGCCAAAGCCUACUGUAGAGAAGAACUUACCCGACAACCGGGGACCAUUGUGCAGCAGUACCCCAAGAAUUUCUGAAAAGCUGCCAGGGGCCAUACCGCAUUCCGAAUCCCUUGGCCUGAGUACCUUGACGUGGGAAGAAACUGAAGUGCAAGCAGAGGCUGAGAAGGUGCCCAAGAAAAGGGGACGACCAAAGAAGGCAGUUGGAGGUGUCCAAACUGAUACGGAGGCUGAGCCAGAACCAGAGCCAGAGCCUAUGAUAUCUUCGGUUGCUCCACUUACAAGCGAUCAGGAAGAGCCUGACGUUCCUGACGAGCAGGCGCCUUAUACGGAAGCUGCGCUAGGUCCCGUCGUAUUUUCAACUCCCCUGAGAGACGAGCAGGAAGAAGCCUCCACUAAACUGAUGCAGUGGCUGCGUGGCGUCGGCGAUGCACCACCCAGUGCAAGUAUGUCGGAUGAAAACGCCAGUGUCUCUUCUGCAAACGAAUUGAUUUUCUGUCAGGUAGAUGGUAUCGACUACGCUUUCUACAAUACAAAGGAGAAAGCAAUGCUGGGUUAUAUGCGAUUCAAGCCAUACCAAAAACGUAGCAUGAAACAAGCGAAAGUCCAUCCACUUAAACUCCUUGUGCAAUUUGGCGAAUUUAAUGUGGAGACCUUAGCCGUGGGCGAAGAGAAGGAAGUCCAUUCUGUUCUGCGUGUUGGUGACAUGAUCGAGAUAGAUAGGGGCACUAGGUAUAGUAUUCAAAAUGCGAUAGAUAAAGUCAGUGUGCUGAUGUGUAUACGCAGUUAGUAAUUGCUUUGUAAUUUAUAUACGGAUAAGUAUUGAGCCGAUUUAUAUUUCUUACGUUUUCGCCACAGAAAAUAAAAAUAAUAAAGAGUUGUUUUGUUAAAAUAUGUAAGACCGACAUAGUUUUUUCAUGUAUUUUAAGUAGCAAAGGUGAUAGACCCACGCCAUAACUUCGGGUCAUAUCCUAGCUGCUUAGAAUUUCAAGUUCAUUUUAUUUCCAUUUUCUUUGAAAUUCACAAGUCGCUCGCCGUGAUGUUGAUGGCAUUGGAGACUUCAAAAGCGAAAUGGCAAACAGGGGU